UUUCCAAAAUUGCAAACAAAAGAAAACAUUGUCCGAAGCACAGUCCUCUCUCCAGUUCACAUCUCUGCCUCUCUCUACUGUAUCUCUUAGACGGAAAGAGAGUGUAGAGAGAGAGAGAGAGAGAGAGAGAGAGAGAGAGAGCUACGUUCGUUGAGAAUCGAGACGAGUAAAGCAAGGACCAUCUUCUCAUUGUUAGGGUUUUCUUAAAACCUAGAAAUAAUCUUGCAAAACCGUCGAGGAAUUUCCCUCAGAGGCUACGGAGACCUGGAGAAAGCAAGGAAUAUCGGAAAACACCAGCAACUGGAAUGCUGCUAAUCAUCUGGGCUUCGCCUCGAAUCGGAGGAUCCGAUUGCGUUAUCUGAGAUCUUGGAUGUGGACUUCACAGCAGCGAUGCGUCUUGCCAUAUUUCUUCAAAAUUCUACAGUCACACCGAACAUUAUCAGGGGCUAGAAUAUUUCUUGCCAGGAAGUAAGUUGGGUUUCAUGAAGUGCUCUGGGAAAAGAUAAAUUGAAACUUGAAGUUUCUGUGAAGUGAAAGGGAAAUGAAACCUGACACGCCUCUGGAUUUCGCUUUAUUUCAACUGUCACCUAGGCGUUCACGUUGUGAAUUGUUUGUUUCUAGUCAUGGCAACUCUGAGAAACUUGCAUCAGGUUCAGUGAAGCCAUUUGUAACUCAAUUAAAGGUUGCGGAAGAGCAGUUUGCUCAUGCAGUUCAGGCAAUUAAGCUUGAAGUUGAGAGGGGUGGAAAUGCUGAUGCAUGGUUCACGAAAGGAACCGUUGAAAGGUUUGUGCGUUUUGUUAGCACACCCGAGAUAUUGGAGCUGGUCAAUACGUUUGAUGCAGAGACGUCUCAAUUGGAAGCAGCCAGAAGAAUAUAUUCCCAGGGAGAAGGAGAACAGAAUUCUGGUGCAUCGGGUGGAGAUGGAACAGGAACAGGCUCAACUGACGAAACCAAGAAGGAGCUUUUAAAAGCUAUCGAUGUACGACUAAUUGCAGUUAGGCAGGACUUGGUCACAGCUUCUGCUCGUGCAUCAGCUGCUGGUUUUAAUCCUAACACAGUGUCUGACCUUCAAAUUUUUGCUGAUCGGUUUGGUGCCCAUCGCCUAGCCGAAGCGUGCUCUAGUUUCAUCUCGCUUCACCGGAGAAGGCCGGAACUGAUCAACACGUGGGCGCCAGGUGUCGAUGACAGAGCCGUUAGAUCUUCAUGCGGGUCGGACAUGUCCAUCGAUGACCCCACCGAAGACCCUGCUGGGACCCACAUGAAACCGCAGUACCACAAGCACGACCCACAAUCUGGUACAACUUCACGAACUGAAGAACAACAUUCCAACGUGGACCAAACAAGAUCGUCCACGUGUCAACUGGCCAAAUCGGCCGCCACCUUUCCGAGCCGACGCGUCGUAAACUCGAAAGACGACACUAAGGUGGAGACGUCACCCGAAACCUUGGAGAAAGAGGAGACUCCUACUCCGACGGAGUCCUCGUCAGCAACUCCUGUGGGCCCCCCGGCGAGGCGGCUCAGCGUUCAGGAUCGUAUUAACCUUUUUGAGAACAAACAGAAGGAAAAUACCGGUGGCAGUGGUGGAGGGAAGCCCGUUUCUGGAAAGCCUCUGGAACUGAGAAGGCUCUCGUCGGACGUUUCGUCGGCGCCGUCGGUGGUGGAGAAGGCGSUUUUGAGGAGAUGGAGCGGUGUCAGUGAUAUGAGCAUUGAUUUCAGCAAUGAAAAGAAGGAAGUAGAGAGUCCAUUGUGUACGCCUUCUUCAUCUUCAAUUUCUGAUACCAAGUCUGGUAUUUUUUCUUUAGCGCCCGAAAAUCAAAGUGAGAAGAGCUUGCCCGAUUUGGAGAGUAAGGCUAGGCUUGAAGAAAGGGGCAAUCUUGUUAGACCUGGGGAUGAUGAGCCCAAACAACAAGAUGAGGAUCAGAAUUCGAUUGAGGUUUCUUCAGGUAAGGAGGGUGGCGCGUCAAAGGUACAGAACGAUUGGAAUGACCAAUCGACUUCUCAGGCCCAAAUCAGGUCGUUCUCUGAUGGAGCAGACCCAGUUGGACUGAAUGAUCGAGGAAUUUCUCAGGGAAGUAUAAAGAAUUUGUCAAGCAGCGAUGAAAAAGGUCAGGGGUUCAAAGGUACGUUGGGCUCUGAGCCACAGGCGAGAAGUUUUGUAGAUCCAGCUGAAAUUGAUGGAGUCAAGAAUCAGUUUUCGUCUCAGGUUGAUGCUUUUGCAAAGAAGGCAGGGGAUGAGGCAUCUGAUGGUAGAUUAGGGAAUAAGAUGGACGAUUCUGGACCAAGAGAUUAUUCAGCAUAUCCAUUACGUUCUAAGGGUUCUCGAAGUCAUUCUCGUUCUUUUUCCAAUCAAUUUGAAUGUGGUGGACUAAAAGUGGAAUCCUCAUCAACUCAGUCCAUGGAAGUUGAUGGCGGCAGAUUACCCCAGCAGCGGAGAUCUCUCAAAGCAGAACCCGAGGCAGUGUUUAGCAAGAACCUUGCAUCAUCAGAUACGCAUCAUCUUAAAGUAGAUGAUUUUGGAGCUCAGAAAAUGAAACUGCAGAAACCUGAUUCUGCUGGCCGCAAACAACUGGAGAAGUCACAAGUUGGCAGAGAAGAAACCAGUUUUGUUCAUGAGAGAAGUAAAUUGGACAUGAUUGGGAAAAAUGUUACAGAAGGCCAAGAAAGCACCCCUGCGAUCUCAAGCAUACCAGGAGUUCAAAGAGCAAGGCAGACCAAGGGGAAUCAGGAGCUCAAUGAUGAACUAAAAAUGAAGGCCAAUGAGCUUGAAAGGCUUUUUGCAGAGCACAAGCUCCGUGUUCCAGGGGAGCACUCCAGCUCUGCAAGGAGAAACAAUACUUCCGACGGGCAGUUAGAAUCAGCAAUUAGUUCGCAGCACAGAACACCUUCAGCUUUGGAAACUGCUCCUGCACAAGUGGUGGAAAGAUCUGCGGUAAAAGAAUCAAUGGGGAGUUCCAGUAAAAUGGAAAGUGUUUACAAAACGCCAUCGAAAAUGAUAAAUAACCAUGACUUCGGCGAUGAUUCUAGAGGAAAAUUUUAUAACAAGUAUAUGCAGAAAAGAGAUGCUAAGCUGAGGGAAGAAUGGGUUUCCAAAAGGGCAGAGAAGGAAKCCAAGAUGAAGGCCAUGCAAGAUAGCCUUGAGAAAAGUAAAGCUGAGAUGAAAGCAAAAUUUUCUGGUUUCGUUGACAGACAAGAUUCAGUAGCCAGUGCUCGGAGGCGUGCAGAGAAACUCAGAUCAUUCAACUAUCGCUCUCAAACAAGGGAUCAGCCACUGAUCAAUUCAAUUCAAAGUGAGGAUGAUGGGGACUUUUCUGAGGUUUUGGAGCAGAAAUUUAAUGGGAACGAUAGAUUGCACAGUGAUUCAUAUAUAUCGGAUAGUGCUUCCAGAAGCAACCAGAACAAGAAGGCUUUGCCAAGUAGAAAUUUAUCUUCUACACCUCGUCCCACUGGGGUUUCAGCUCCGCCACGGUCGCUUGCCAAAGUUUCCCAUUCCAGUUCUGGGAGGCGAAGAGGACAAACAGAAAAUCUUCUUGCACAGUCAGUUCCUAAUUUCUCUGAACUGAGGAAAGAAAAUACAAAACCUUCUGGAGUUGGCAAAGCAUCAGCGCGGCCCCUGGUGAGAAAUUAUUCUCGCAGUAAAACUAGCAAUGAAGAGCCAAUUAUUAAGGAUGAGAAGCCUCGUCGUGCACAGUCUUCAAGAAAGAAUUCUGCUAGUGCUAUUGAGUUCAAGGAUAUAUCCCCUUUGAACACAGACAAUGUUGUUUUAGCACCAUUGUUUUUGGAUGAAGAGCAGAACGAGGAGAGCAUUUAUGCUAAAUAUUUGAAGAGCAUAGAAUCAAAGCCUUUUCUGAGGAAGGGCAAUGGUGUAGUCCCUGGUGCUGGAACAAGUAUAGCCAAGUUGAAAGCUUCCAUGGAAUCUGAGACUUCAAGAGAGGAAGAGGAAUUUGAUGAAGCCUUUGAUGGUUCAGAAAUUAUGGCCAAACAAGAAGAGGAAGAGGAGGAAGAGCAUGGGAAAAUGGAAAUUAAACUUGCUCAUAUGGAUAAUGGAAAGCUAAGAUUAAGCCAGGAAUCAGGCGGAUCAAGUAAUUCUGGGUCUGAAAUUGAAAAUUCUUUGAGAUCUCACUCUCAUUCUCAGGUGGAUCAUUCUACAGUUUCUGAACCUCCCUCUAUGUUGCCUUCAUUUCAUAAAGCAGGGUUACUCCAGGAUUCACCGGGUGAGAGCCCUCUGUCAUGGAACUCACGCAUGCAUCAUCCAUUCUCCUACCCACAUGAGACCUCUGAUAUUGAUGCAUAUAUGGACUCUCCAAUUGGGAGCCCUGCAUCAUGGAAUUCGCAUAAUAUAACACAAGCAGAAACUGAUGUGGCUAGAAUGAGAAAGAAAUGGGGAAGUGCCCAGAAGCCUUCUCUUAUUGCUACCUCAUCAAGUCAGUCACGCAAGGAUAUGACCAAGGGGUUUAAAAGGUUGUUAAAGUUUGGAAGGAAAAGCCGUGGGACAGAGAGUAGUAUGGUUGACUGGAUCUCUGCUACAACAUCUGAGGGAGAUGAUGAUACCGAAGAUGGUCGAGAUCCUGCUAGCAGGUCAUCAGAAGACUUGAGGAAGUCAAGAAUGGGAUUCUCACAGGGUCCUGAUGAUGGCUUUAAUGAAAGCGAGUUGUUCUGUGAACAGGUUCAAGAAUUACAAAGUUCGAUUCCAGCACCACCGGCCAACUUCAAGCUAAGGGAGGAUCACAUGUCAGGAAGUUCCUUGAAAGCUCCACGAUCAUUCUUCUCUCUCUCAACCUUCCGCAGCAAGGGAACUGAUGCAAAGUCCAGGUAAUAGAACACAGCAGAUUUCCAUGUGAGAUCACUGUCUUGUUAUCCUUGAGUAGGGUACAGCAGUUGGUACAGUGUAAGAUACAAGUGCUUGAAGGUAAUAGAGAAUCAGACACGAGGUCUGCAAUUCGAUCAUGUACAUGUUAUUCGAUUCAGAAGACCGACCCGACCGCCUACGUCAUUAGGUAGUUACACCUGUUAGUUGUGUUGAAUUAAUUAAGUAUACUGUAUUGAACGAUGAGUUAAUUGUUGGCAGAAUGUCAUUGUGAUUUUGGUAGUCUUAGGAGCAUUAUUAUUAUUUUUUUCUUUGGUUCUGCUCUUCAUUUGCUCUGAGGGUUUAGUUUUGUGUGCUCUGUAUAUCUGAAGGAGCUCAUCAAGAACAGAAUUGUUGAGUGUGAUAUAAUUAUGCAUAAUAAAAGCUUUUUGCACAUCA